AUGAGCUCCUUCGAAAACGUUUCAGAGAAGCCGGCUAUGGCGUCAGAGUCUUCGAUCCCCGAGCCACUAUUUUCGACGAAGACUCCUGACAAGACGACGAUUCUCCCCACCAGAUCUCGUAACAGUGAUGUCUCUUUGUCAUUCCCAGAUAUUAAGCCCCAAGGCUCUCGAUAUCCAAUCAAACCCGUCAAGAGACAGCUCUUGGCUUCGCCUCAAAAACCUGAAAUAACUAUCAAAUUGCCCGAAAGGUUCGAGAUUCUGGGUGAAUUGUUCAAUGGGUUGGACACUGCGAUUAGGUUGCUCAAAUUAAAGGGUUCUUUGACGACAUUUGCCAAUAUAUGUCCCAAGAUUGAGUAUCUUACUAAUCGGAUCUUCUCGUAUGAUCAUUUGGCUCAGAUGAAGCAUAUUUAUCCAGAAGCCAUUGAAAUAAAGAGAGUAUUGAAGUGUGAUGAAGACACUAGCUGUAUGAAUCCCAGUCUUCAUGUUAAGUUAAAUACCGACGCCAUUGUGCCUGAAGAUGCAAAUUGCGGAACUAAACACAUGCAACUUAGGAAGGUGUUCCACUCAAAGCUUGUAGAUUUUUACAAAGCUCAUCCUAAGGACGAGAUUCCAAAAGAACUGCUUCCUGAACCUUUCAAUUCCUCCAAAAGGGAUAGUUGUUCAGACACUAUAAGCGUAGACUUGGGAGCAUCUAAACUUGAAAACGAAGGGUUUGAUAUUCAAAUGGAGGAGAUGGAGAAAGAACAACAUAGAGUCGACAAAGUAGUUCCAGAUUCGACUUUAUUAUUUGGAACUGAGGAAUGCUUGUUAUCACACACAGAGUCAAGAAUAGUUGGAACCCCAGUCAAAGAUUUAUCCACUCCCUCCAGGGAUCUAUCAACACCAAUCCGGCUCAUGAGUGCUACACCGACAUUACAGCCAUCUAGAAGGUGUAUUACGAUGACUCCUCCAGAUGAUGAUAAUGACUCUAUUAGAUCAACAAAUGGUCUGGAAAGGCGCUCAUCUCGCACUAAGUGUCUGAAUUUUGACACUCUUGAGGAAGAUGGAACUGCGAAAGCUGGUGACAUCAGUAACGUAUCUUAUGAUGAAGGAAUCAACUAUGAAGCUGAUGAUGUUUCCGAUGAAGAAAGUCUUGUGCACUCAAUGAAAGAGAAACCAAAGCCUGAAACCGAGAAGCAAGAUUUACCUAAGCUUGUUAACUUGAUUCAUAAGUUGUUUCACGCAACAAAGCGAACGAUCAUCACCAAAGAGGAGCUUCUUCACAAGAUUAUUGCAUGCCAAAUCAAUAUAACUGAUACAAAGGAAGUGGAGGAACAAUACAGGUUGAUGUUGCAGUUGGUUCCGGAUUGGAUCUCGGAAACAAAAGCAUCUUCUGGGCAUUUUCUUGUUCGCAUCAAUAAAAUGUCGACUGCCGAAACGGUAUGUGCAAGACUUGAUGAAGCAACUUCACAGGGCAUUUCCUCCGUCUACUGA